UUGCUGCUGAGCGCCAAGAGAGAAAGACAGCACCUAUUUCUCCGUGGGACGCUCCCCGUAUUGGUGGGUCAGAGAUGGGCGACUGGAGCUUCCUGGGGAGCAUCCUGGCGGAGGUGAACGAGCACUCCACCGUCAUCGGCAGAGUGUGGCUCACCGUGCUGUUCAUCUUCCGGAUCCUCAUCCUCGGCACGGCCGCCGAGUUCGUGUGGGGGGACGAGCAGUCCGACUUCGUGUGCAACACGCAGCAGCCGGGCUGCGAGAACGUGUGCUACGACGAGGCCUUCCCCAUCUCCCACACCCGCCUGUGGGUGCUGCAGAUCAUCUUGGUGUCCACGCCGUCCCUGAUGUACGUGGGCCACGCGGUGCACCACGUGCGCAAGGAGGAGAAGCGCAGGGGCCGCGCGGCGGAGCAGCAGGGCGCGCAGGCGGGGGCGGGCGGCGAGCUGGGGCCGCCGGGCUCGAACCCGGGCGGCGGCGGCAAGGGCGCCAAGAAGUUCCGGCUGGAGGGGACCCUGCUGAGGACCUACAUCUGCCACAUCAUCUUCAAGACCCUCUUCGAAGUGGGCUUCGUCGUGGGCCACUACUUCCUGUACGGGUUCCGCAUCCUGCCUCUGUAUCGCUGCAGCCGCUGGCCCUGCCCCAACGUGGUGGACUGCUUCGUGUCCCGGCCCACGGAGAAAACCAUCUUCAUCCUGUUCAUGCUGUCUGUGGCCUCCGUGUCCCUCUUCCUCAACGUGAUGGAGUUGGGCCACCUGGGCCUGAAGGGGAUCCGGGCUGCCUUCAAGAGGCCCGCAGAGCAGCCCCUGGGAGAGAUUCCUGAGAAAUCCCUCCACUCCAUUGCUGUCUCCUCCAUCCAGAAAGCCAAGGGCUAUCAGCUCCUAGAAGAAGAGAAAAUCGUUUCCCACUAUUUCCCCUUGACCGAGGUUGGGAUGGUGGAGACCACCCCGGUCUCUGCCAAGCCUUUCAAUCAGUUCGAGGAGAAGAUCAGCACGGGACCCCUGGGUGACUUGUCCCGGGGCUACGAAGAGACGCUGCCUUCCUACGCUCAGGUGGGGGUGCAGGAAGUGGAGGGCGAGGGGCCGCCUGCAGAGGAGGGAGCCGAACCCGAGGUGGGAGAGAAGGAGGAAGCAGAGAGGGCGACCACAGAGGGGCAGGAGAAGGUGGCAGUGCCAGAGGGGGAGAAAGCAGAGACCCCCGGAGUGGAGAAGGACGGUGAAAAAGAAGAGCUGCAGUCGGAGGUGGCAAAGCAAGGGCUGCCAGCUGAGAAGACGCCUUCGCUCUGUCCGGAGCUGACGACAGAUGAUGCCAGACCCCUGAGCAGGCUAAGCAAAGCCAGCAGCCGAGCCAGGUCAGACGAUCUCACCGUAUGAAGUGACGCCAAA